GUCCCUCGGGCCAAUGCCCUUUUAAACUCUCUCUCUCUCUCUCUCGUCUCUUUCUCUGCUAAACCCAAACUCGCCUUUUAUAGAAUAGUAUAGAGUAGAAUAUUAAACAAAGCACUGAUCUUUCCAUCUCCAAACACACAGCUGUAAUUUUUGAGAGAUGUGGCGGUGCGUAGCUCGUGGGCUUCGUGUUCCUUCUUCUUCUUCAAAGAAAUCGAUCUAUUAUGACUCUGUUAGAUCUCACAUUUCCAGAUUUUUCUCUACUGAAUCAUGUUUCAUUGAUGUUCUCUAUGAUCAUGUAUAUAUGGCAGAGCGCCGGGCAAUCGUCAUAUACAAUCGUUGAUCAUACAUAUGAUGCAGUAGUCGUAGGAGCUGGUGGUGCAGGGUUGAGGGCUGCCAUAGGGCUCUCAGAGCAUGGGUUUAACACUGCGUGUAUUACCAAGCUUUUCCCAACACGUUCACACACUGUUGCCGCUCAGGGUGGCAUCAAUGCUGCUUUAGGAAACAUGACAGAAGAUGACUGGAGAUGGCACAUGUAUGACACUGUCAAGGGAAGUGAUUGGUUAGGUGAUCAGGAUGCCAUUCAAUACAUGUGUAGAGAGGCACCAAAGGCAGUCAUUGAACUUGAGAACUAUGGGUUACCAUUUUCUCGAACAGAAGAUGGGCGAAUUUAUCAGCGUGCAUUUGGUGGUCAGAGUCUAGAUUUUGGAAAAGGUGGACAGGCAUAUCGUUGUGCAUGUGCUGCUGACCGAACUGGGCAUGCUCUUCUGCAUACUCUCUAUGGUCAAGCUAUGAAACAUAAUACACAAUUUUUUGUGGAAUAUUUUGCUUUGGAUCUUUUAAUGAAUAGUGAUGGUAGCUGCCAAGGAGUAAUUGCUAUGAAUAUGGAAGAUGGUACUUUACAUCGAUUCCGUGCUGCUUCCACCAUCCUGGCCACAGGGGGCUAUGGUAGGGCAUACUUUUCUGCAACCUCAGCUCAUACAUGCACUGGAGAUGGCAAUGCUAUGGUUGCACGGGCUGGGCUUCCCCUCCAGGAUCUGGAAUUUGUUCAGUUUCAUCCUACAGGCAUAUAUGGAGCUGGUUGUCUAAUUACUGAAGGUUCUCGUGGUGAAGGUGGUAUUCUUAGGAAUAGUGAAGGUGAGCGAUUCAUGGAAAGGUAUGCUCCUACAGCAAAAGAUCUUGCAUCAAGGGAUGUUGUUUCAAGAUCUAUGACCAUGGAGAUUCGGGAGGGUCGUGGUGUAGGACCUUUGAAGGAUCAUAUCUAUCUGCACUUAAAUCACUUGCCCCCAGAUGUACUGAAAGAGAGGCUUCCUGGUAUUUCUGAAACUGCAGCCAUUUUUGCUGGUGUUGAUGUUACGAAGGAACCUAUCCCUGUGUUACCUACUGUGCAUUACAAUAUGGGUGGAAUCCCCACAAAUUACCAUGGAGAGGUGGUAACAGUUAAAGGAAACGAUCCUGAUUCUGUAGUUCCUGGACUAAUGGCUGCAGGGGAGGCCGCCUGUGCAUCAGUUCAUGGUGCCAAUCGGCUUGGUGCAAAUUCUCUGCUUGACAUUGUGGUUUUUGGUCGUGCUUGUGCAAAUAGAGUGGCGGAGAUUCAAAGACCAGGUGAGAAACAAAAGCCUCUGGAAAAGGAUGCUGGAGAGAGGACCAUUGCAUGGCUGGACAAACUAAGAAAUUCUAAUGGUUCACUUCCGACUUCAAAAAUUCGGUUAAAUAUGCAGAGGACAAUGCAAAAUAAUGCUGCUGUUUUCCGUACACAAGAAACAUUGGAAGAAGGUUGUCAGUUGAUUGACAAGGCAUGGGAGAGCUUCCAUGAUGUUAAGUUGAAAGAUCGAAGUUUAAUAUGGAACUCUGAUUUGAUAGAGACUGUAGAACUGGAAAACCUUUUGAUAAAUGCCUGUAUUACGAUGCAUUCUGCUGAGGCCCGAAAAGAGAGCAGAGGAGCACAUGCCCGUGAAGACUUUACUAAAAGAGAUGAUAAAGACUGGAUGAAGCACACUUUGGGAUACUGGGAGAAUGAGAAGGUCCGACUUGAUUACAGGCCAGUACACAUGAACACAUUAGAUGAUGAGAUGGAGACGAUCCCGCCUAAAGCUCGUGUUUACUGAUGCACUUGGUCAUUGAAGAAUUUGGCGUGGUGCAUGGGUAUUGGUUUACAACGACUAAUCCUCAUCACAAUAAUAAAACAAGCGGAUGCAAUAAAUAGUCAUAGGUACAGCAUUUUGGCAAUAAUCGCCGCAUUCAUCAAUGUCGAAAUUGAAAGUAUAUGCAGAUCAUGGUGAAAUGAAUAAUUUCUUUUGCAUUGUAUGGAAAGUUCAUGCUGAUUGAUAGGUUGAUGAAGCAUUCAUUAUAUGCUUGAAAUUUUGUUGAAAGGCCCCUUGAUGUUUCAACUCUUAAUUAUCACCUUUUGUAAGGUAGUCUGCUGCUAAAGGUGGCUUGUAAUUUGAUACCUUUUCUCAGGACUAUUUAUAUGAGGCCAAAAUGCAUAUGGAAACUCUUCUAAUUAUGCCAAACUAUUGUAAUAUCUGUACUCUGCUUAUGGCAUUUAUCUUUCUUUUC